AUGGACAAUAACGGGGAUAACAUGGACGUGGACGGCAUUCUCCAGCGGCUAAGGGAGAAAUACUCCCCCGGUGCUGCACAGCCUUCGCAAUCUCCACCCGAACCUGCACGUUCCGCGGGGGUUGCCGAACCUGACGGUAGGUUCGGCAGUCCAGUUCAUUUAACAGAGAAGCCUAAGAGGCAGGUGAAGUGGAAGGAUCUGGAAGAAGGCCAAUCAGAGGCGUCCACGUGGGAUAACUUUGACACCAGCAGCGCACUUUCGGGAAGGAGUACUUUCACGCUUUUAGGGGGUACAGAGGGGUUCGGAGAUACAGGAGGAGGCGAUGGGAGGAGAGCUAGUUUACCAGGCCGUGUUUCUGGUGCAGCUUCUAAAGCCGCUGCAGCUAAUGCUGCUGGAAAACUGGGAUCAGGAGCAGGAGCAGAAUCCGGAGUAGAGCAACAGCAGCUGAUUUCCGCCUUGCUCGAUUUACAGUCGCUGCUGCAGGCGUCCCAGGAGGAAGCUUCCACGCUGCGGGAAGAAAACGCCGAGCUACGCCGAUCAUUGAAGAGUGCGUGGGAUGACGUGGCACGGGUGGAAGAGAGCAAGGGUCAGGUUCAUAUGCAGUUGUCACACGCACAGGAGCAGUUGGAACAGGCGGAGAGACAGCUGAAACAGGUACAGGCACAGGAGCAGGCACAGGCAGAGGCGCAGGCACAGGAACGGCUAUCCCAGGCCAACGGGCAGAUAUUGCAGCUGCAGACGGAGCUUCGGGCAGCUCAGGAAGAAGUUCGGGCUGCCCGGUCUGAGCUGGCGGUGGUUCGGGCUGAGCUGGCAGGUGCACAGGAGGAGGGGAGGGAGUUGGCAGAAGGGUUGAAAGAGGCGAGUGAAGAGGCGAGGGAACUUCGGGCAGAUUUGGAAAUUUUGAAAGAGAGUUUGAUCGAUGAGCAGACACGGGUCGGGGAAUAUAUGGAAGAAAAUGAGAAGCUUGGGGAGCAGGUUCGGAAGUCCCUGACCGCAGCUGCAAAGGCUCGGGCCGAAGCUGAUGAGGUUCGGGAGGAGAAUGAAAGGCUGCUGGAGGAGGUCGGGCAGCUGAAAGAUGAGAAUGAACAGGCGCAACGGGUUUUGGCGGCUGCCCAGGGGGAGCUCGGGCAAGUGCUGGAGGACGGGCAAGGGCAGCGUGAAAGACUGAAGGCACUUUUAGCUGAGAGCGGUCGCUUAAGGGAGGAAAAUAGCAAGCUUAGGAAAGAGCUGGAUGUGAUAAGAAGCAGUGAAUCAGACCGUGUGGCAAAGAGUACAGGAAAUCAAGACAGGCGUGGGUGGGAGGGAGGAGGAGAACGUGUGUUAGGGGGGAGUGAAGGGGGGUGGAGGGAGAGUGGGGGAGAGGAGGGUGGAGGAGGAGAGGAGGGAUGGCAGGGGAGGGGAAACGAGACUGUUUUGUUGAGGCAGCUGGACGGGAGCUUGAAUGCUGCCCGGGAAGAAAUAGUUCGGCUGAAAGCAGAGAAUGAGCGGCUGCAGAGAUCUUUUGAUGCUGCCCGAACCCGAGACGGAGGAGAAGGAGGAGUAGGGGGAAGAGUGGAGGGUGUAAGUGGCACGUUGCAAUCUGCACUGGAGGAACUUGAGCGAGUGAGUGGGGAGAAGAAUGAAGCAGACGAGAGGGCGGGCAGGCUUCAGGUAGAUCUGGCUGUAGCAGAGGAGCAGCUCUCCAGACUGCAGUCUCAGGUGGACCAGGAAGCUCAGGUGAAAUCUCAGGUGGAAACAGCAGUGAGGGAGGCGGAAGAGAGGCAGAGAGCAGCGGAGGAGAGGGUUGCGGAGUUGAUGGUGCAGUUGGAGGGGGUAGAGGGGGUGGCGGCGCUGCGCAGCGGUGUUGAUGUGGAUCUGCUUUUAGAGAGGACGAUGAAAGAGGACAGAACCAAUUGGCUGCUGGACGGCCUAGAUCGCAUGCACAGGGAGAAUCAACGGCUCAAGAUCCUCAUCCGGCAUUUGCAGUCAACGCUGGUCAAGCAAGACGAGGAGGUGAGUCAGCUUCGGCCGCGAACUGACGAGUUGCUUCGGGCCGAGGCUGCUGGAGUGGCUGGGAGGGACCGAGCUUCAGAAGCGGUUUUUGGAGCCGAGGCUGCUGCUGCAGCUGUGGAGGAGGUUCGGAAUAAGCUGUUUGCUGCUGAAGCUGAGCAGGCUCGGCUGGCUUCCGAAGCUGAAGCUCUGCGCCAGGAUCUUUGGACUGCCCUAGAUCAAUGCGGGCAGCUUGAGCGAACCGUUGCGUGGCUGGAGGAGGAUCUCGUGCAGGUACAGCAGGAACUUUCGGCUGCCCAAGGAGAGGCCAGGGCUGCAAAAUUUGACGCAGAACGGGCAGAAGAACGGGCAGAGGACACAGCAGCAGCACUCCACGAGUUGCAACGGGAGAUGAACCGGCAGUUACAUCAAUCCAAAGAGACGACACAGCAGCUCAGUACUCGAGUCGUGGUGGCAGCAAGAGAAAGCCGUAUCCGGGCGGAAGAAGCACGAGCGUUUAGAGAAGCAAAGAGCUCUACGGUGGCUGAAUUGAGUCGAGCUGUGGAGGGGUUGAGAGAGGAAGUGAGGGUGGCGAGAGGGAGGGAGAGAGUGAGGGAGAGGGAGGCUGCAAGGUCGAGAGAGGCUGCAGCGGAGGCGAGGAGGCAGCUGGAGGUGGAACAGGAGAGGAGGGAGGGGAGGAAUGGGGGAGUGGCGGAGAUGCCUGAUGUGCUGCUGUGGCCGAUUGACCUUUUUGUCCCUUCACAAUUCUUCGUGUUCUGA